AUGAUGCCGCUCAUUCCUCACUGGCCACAGCCCUCGCACCCGGACAUCCAAGAGGUCAUCGUCAGCAAUACCGCCUACAAGACCAAAAGCGUAUCCAACAUCUCGCUGCCGCCCUUCGGGACCUUUGCUAAACUUAGUUUCCCGCCGUGCACCGUAGCAGCGCGUGCUACUUAUGCCACCGUGCAGACAGGAAGGGACACUCACCUGCUCCUCAACAGCGACCUGGUGUACAUCAACCAUUCUUGCGAGCCUAGUCUUAUCUUUGAUAUGUCCAGGAACGUCAUUCUCGCAGGACCUCGAGGGCUUGAAACCGGAGAUGAGCUUACGUUCUUUUAUCCUUCUACAGAGUGGGACAUGGCACAGACCUUUGAGUGCCACUGCGACAAGCCCGCAUGCCUGGGAACCAUCAGCGGCGCCAAGCACUUGACUUCGGAGCAGCUCAAGGGCGUCCAGCUCAAUGAUCAUAUUCGAGAACUGCUUGAUGAGAGGUCAUCGUUCAAUAGAGGGACAAAAAGACCGCCAAGACCCCUCACUGUCUUUCCUGUCCAACUUACCCCGCAAACCCCCAUCGUCCAGCAGACUGCCAAACAUGGCGGCUUCAAAGAGCCGAUUUACCUGCCACGCAUGAAGAGCCGCGUGAGCAAGGAGCCAUGCCAUCUGAUCGACAAGCCCAAGCGAAUAUGCCUGCGCCAUAACUAG